AUGGUGCAGUCAGAUUUUAGCGAGUGUUGUGAUCGGCAGCCGGAUCGUCCUCUUAAGAGCGCUCUCACUUCCCCCUCAUCCUCCAACAUGCUCGGCCAAACAUCAAAAAUGCUUCCCUUGUUACUGUUGUCUCUUCUUUCCGUUGCCAGUGCGGCUUGCAUCUCCUGGAAGAACUGUACCGUCGACAACUUCCCUGCCCUGGCCAGUCUCCCCAGCGUAGGCGGGUACCUCAGCCAGCUCGGAAACGCAUCGCAUCUCGACUGCGGCGAACUCCAGGUGCCGCUGGACUGGGACAGGCCGCAUGGAGAGAAGAUCACCCUGGGCAUGGCCCGGUACAGGGCUGCUUUGCCUGGGAAGCGCCUGGGCAGUAUAAUCUACAACCCUGGAGGACCGGGAGGACCGGGCUCGACAUCAGCUCUGGGCCAGGCUAUCGGUGUUCCUUCGUACACGAAAGGCACUGUCGACUACUACGACGUCAUUGGCCUUGACCCACGAGGGAUCGGGUUGAGUACGCGCGUCAAGUGUGAUCCGGACCUGUACAACGACCAAGUAACACUGUUCCCAACCACCAACGAAGAAUUCCACGACCUGGUUGCAAAGAACCGAGCCCUGGGCGAGAGCUGCCGCAACAUGACCGGAGAGCUCUUCUACCAUCUCGACACCACCCAGGCUGCAAAGGACAUCGAGGCCGUCCGCAUCGCUCUCCGCGAGGAAAAACUCAACUGGAUCGGUCUCUCAUACGGAACACAGCUCGGCGGCGCCUACGCCGAGCUAUACCCAGAGCACGUCGGCCGCAUGGUCUUAGACGGAAACCUAGACCACUCACAGGGUGAGACAGACGUCCUCAGAACCGAAGUCUCAACCUACGAAGACACGCUGAACCAAUUCUUCGCCUGGUGCAACACAACCACAUCCGACGAAUGCCCAUUCAAAGACCAGAACCUGCCCCAGAUCUUCGACGACCUCGUUGCAGCAGCAGACGAAACCCCCAUCGAAGCGUCCGGCUGUAUAAACACCACAAGCUGCCGCACCCCAGUGACUGGCGAAGACAUCCGCCUCAACACCCAGCCGUACCUCGUCUUCAAGGAAUCCCAAUCCAAGCGCCCCACCUCCAACUGGGCAACCCUAGCGCAAUACCUCAACGAGACGAUCGCCGGCGACGCAACGGGCCUCUCCUCGAGCCUCGCCACAUCCUCCGACGACCCCUCCUACCCGGACAUCGCAAUCGGCUGCCUGGACUGGCGCCAUGACUCGACCUACCUCUCAGACCUCCUCUACAAGUCGCAACUCGCCACUUACCUAGCGCCACACACCCAAGGCGCCACGCAGUCCUACCGGUACCAGGUCUCGUGCAUCGGCUGGCCCGCGCCGCUGUCGAACCCGCCGCACCGCCUGAACCAGACGAGCAUGGCGAAAGCCCCGCCCAUCCUCAUGGUCAAUGCGUACCAUGACCCCGAGACCAGCUAUGUCUGGGCGAAUAGUCUGCUCGAGCAGAUUCCGUCUGGGGUGUUGGUGACGAGGGAUGGAAGUGGGCAUACGAGUUAUAGUCUUGGUGGGGAGGCGAGUGCGGUUAUUGAUGCGUUUCUUGUGAAUGGGACGGUGCCGAGGAGGAAUUUGGUUGUUGAUUCGUGA